CAUUCUCCGCGGAUGCUGAUCGUAAGCCCGCUGCUGAGUGGUGUUCACGAGAGCAAAGCGGAACAGACCCGCCAUUUCCCCUUCUCACAGGUCCUUUUUUCUUCUUCUUCUUCUUCUUCUUCUUCUGCUCUCUCCUUUCACGGCGCUUUGACGCUGAGCAGCAGCAGCGAGCAGCAGGAGGAGGGAGAACUGGGGGAGGAGAAGCAGGAGGAGGAGGAGCGGCGACAACGACGACUUGCGGAGCGGCGGAGGCAGGGAACCGGCGGCGCUACAUCGGGAUGAGAGCGAGACAGAGACCCGGGUCGAAUGAGUCAGCGAAAGAAACCUUCACUGUCUUGGCAUUUCUAAAAUCCGAAUGAAUCGGGACUGACCCUGCCUGAAGAAGAAGAUCUAUCUAUUUUUUAAAUAUAUAUCAAUUCUUGUCAGAUUCGGGUUUCCUUUAUAUUCCGCCCUCCUCUGGUCCGCGUCUGCCAUAGCCUAGUUUUGAUUUUUCUUUCCUCCGAGUGAGGUGGGAAAAAGGGGGGUCUUGAGAGGCAAAGGAGGCGGUGGAUAUCAGAUUUCAUUUUUUAAACAGCUGGGGGAAACGCAAAUCUAACUUCGGAGGCUAAAGCCGUUCGGGCUCCGCGGUUUUUUUUUUUUUUUUGGAGUCUUUUGUUUCAUUGAGUGAAGCGAAGAUGUCGGGACAGAGCAUUACGGACAGGAUAACGGCAGCCCAGCACAGUGUAACGGGAUCCGCGGUGUCGAAAACAGUAUGCAAGGCCACCACGCACGAAAUUAUGGGCCCAAAGAAGAAACAUUUGGACUAUUUGAUCCACUGCACCAACGAGAUGAACGUGAACAUUCCCCAACUGGCCGACUCUUUAUUCGAGAGGACCACCAACACCAGCUGGGUGGUGGUUUUCAAGUCGCUCAUCACCACACACCACCUCAUGGUGUAUGGCAACGAGCGAUUUAUCCAAUACCUGGCAUCAAGGAAUACACUUUUCAACCUCAGCAAUUUUUUGGACAAAAGCGGCCUACAAGGCUACGACAUGUCUACGUUCAUCAGAAGGUAUAGUCGGUACCUGAACGAGAAAGCCGUCUCCUACAGACAGGUUGCCUUCGACUUCACAAAAGUUAAACGAGGAGUCGACGGCGUAAUGAGGACCAUGAACACAGAGAAGCUGCUCAAGACCAUACCCAUUAUUCAGAACCAGAUGGACGCCCUCCUCGACUUUAACGUCAAUGCCAACGAGCUGACUAAUGGAGUCAUCAAUGCAGCCUUCAUGCUCCUCUUCAAAGACUCCAUCAGGCUCUUUGCUGCUUACAACGAAGGCAUCAUCAACCUGCUCGAGAAGUACUUUGACAUGAAGAAGACUCAGUGUAAAGAAGGCCUGGACAUUUACAAAAAGUUCCUCACUCGCAUGACCCGGAUAUCGGAGUUCCUCAAAGUAGCCGAGCAGGUGGGAAUUGAUCGAGGAGAUAUCCCAGACCUCUCACAGUUCACGGUUUGUGCUCCCAGCAGCCUCCUGGAAGCUCUGGAGCAGCAUUUGGCCUCUUUAGAAGGGAAGAAAGUCAAAGACUCUACUGCAGCCAGCAGGGCCAGCACUCUAUCAAAUGCAGUGUCAUCAUUGGCUAGCACAGGGAUGUCUUUCACUAAGGUGGAUGAGCGGGAGAAGCAGGCAGCUCUAGAGGAGGAACAGGCCCGGCUCAAAGCUCUCAAGGAGCAGAGGCUCAAAGAGCUCUCAAAGAGGCCAUCUUUUUCCACCACCGAUACAUCGCCGAUCUCCACCACUGGGGGCACCAUCAGCACAGCACCAACCAUUGACCUCUUCUCCACACCCAGCUGCUCAAACGGUGCGGUCAAGAUGGAGAGCGACCUUUUUGACCUGCAGCCAAGCUUCCAACCCUCCAUGCAGUCGGCCUCCACAGGCCUCCCGGUGGCCACGGCGUGGGCAGAUCCUUUCACCUCUACUGAAGCUGGAGACGAUUCCAUGCCAAACCUUAACCCUUUCCUGUCAAAACUCGUUGUCGAUGCCACUCACUUACCUGUCGUGUCUUCAGACGGUGUUAGCUUUUCCUCUAGGACAUCCGGUCAUGAAAUGUUUGGUGAUCGUUACAAUCCCUUUACUGACACAAACUCAUCAGUUUCAACCAAUUACAAACGCACAGUGCGGAUAGAGCACUCCAUCUCAGACUCCUUCUGUGGUCCGGUGUCCGUUGCUCAACACCUCCCACACCAGGCUCCCUUCCCCACUGAGCCCUCUACUGUAGCAGGUCUAUUCAGAGGAUACUCAACGCCUCAAGCCCCUGCACAACCGCCAGCAGGGGGCCUACAGGUGGACUUUGAGUCGGUUUUUGGAACCAAAGCCGCCGGCAGCGGGAGCCUCAACUCUGACGAUCUCACCGGAGGCAUCCUGAAGCCGAUGCUCGCCGGCUCCAACCAGCCGUCCAAUCAGCUUCCCGAGAAGCUGGUGUCAGACGACCUUGACUCUUCCCUGGCCAACCUUGUCGGCAAUCUGGGCAUCGGAAACGGAACGAUGAAGAAUGACAUCCACUGGAGCCAGCCGGGGGAGAAGAGGAUGACCGGCGGCACCAACUGGCAACCCAAGGCUGCGCCCAGCACCACCUGGAACCCUGUCUCCAUGCCGCCGUCAGUCAUGGCCUUCCCCGCCACCACUCCCACAAGCAUGAUGGGAUACAGCAUGCCUCCACAAAUGGGCUCCAUGGGGAUGAUGAAUCCGCCCACCAUGAUGUACACCCAGCCCGUCAUGAGACCACCCAACCCCUUUGGCUCGGUGUCCAGCGCUCAGCCCUCUGCAGCCUCUAGUCCUUCCAGCCAGAGUCCUCUCCGAGCCCCUGGACAGGACCCGUUUGCACACCUCUCUCUCAAGGAUUUCUUGUAGAGCAUCUCUUUAGAUGCAGUUCAUGUAAUUUGAAGGAAGCGUCUCUCAGAAGAUGAAGCACUUAGCUGCAAAACUUUGUCCUCGUUGCAGUCGAACUCUUCAGAGAAGCAUCACCCCCCCCCACCCCCCGCUCCCCAUCU